AUGCAGCCAAGCGACGCACGCUUCAGUGUGGCGGCGAUAGUCGCAGACAAGCACGAUGCACUCCGCGCACUCAACGACAAGAUCCAUGUAAACCCGGAGCUGGGUUAUAAGGAGUUCAUCGCCCAUGAUACGCUAUCCGCCUUCCUGGAGUCUCACGGCUUCUCAGUGACUCGCUCCGCCUAUGGACUGGAGACGUGCCUUGAAGCACGAUGGCCAGCCGGCCCAACUGUGGCGGGCUCACCCUCGGCAACCUUCUGCGCCGAGUAUGAUGCCCUGCCGGAGAUCGGACAUGCCUGCGGGCACAACUUGAUCGCCACGGCCUCAGUGGCAGCGUCCAUAGCCCUAGCACAGACGCUGGAGAGAGCGAAGAUUCCUGGAACGGUCCGACUUUUGGGAACGCCAGCUGAAGAGGGUGGCGGAGGCAAAGUGAAACUCAUCGACGCCGGUGCUUUCUUGCCUUUCGACAGAACUCGGCCUGAAGUCGCGCUUAUGGCUCAUCCUGUGUCGUUCAAGUCGUUUACGAUGCAAGAAAAGCUUCCACCAUCCACCAAGUUUCUAGCCGGGUUCCGCUGUAUCGCCUCCGAGGAGCUUCAGAUCGAGUUCUUUGGCCGGUCUGCGCACGCGGGAGGAGAGCCAUGGCUCGGCCGCAACGCUCUUGAUGCAGCUGUCACUGCUUAUACUGCCAUGAGCCAGCUGCGACAGCACAUUCGGGCAGACGAGCGAGUGAAUGUGAUCAUCAAUCACGGCGGAGAUGCCCCGAAUGUGAUUCCAGCAUACGCCAGCUUGCUGUGCAUCCUUCGGGCGCCGACCAAAGUUGCUCUUGAAGAUAUCUCUAGCCGAGUACGGGCAUGUGCUGCAGGUGCGGCGCAAGUGGCUGGCUGUGAAGUAAAAGUCAAGCUGACGGAGCCGGCGUACCUGGAUUUGCGGGUGGUUGACGCCAUAUCAACCGUGUGUGCUGAAGAGAUAGUCGAGGUAGAGGGUGGUAAUACUGCUGCUGUGGUCGCACACAGUGACUUUCAGCGAACAAUUUCUACCGACAUGGGCAAUGUUUCGUACGUGCUGCCCUCAUUGCAUGCGAUCUAUGGGAUUCCUUCGCAAGAGGGCGCCAGCUGUCACGACCCGCGCUUCACCGAGGCAUCAGGGAGCGAUGAAGCAUUUGAGACUGCUUUGAGAGUGGGCAGAGGGUUGGCAAUGCUAGGAUGGAGAUUCAUCACCGAGCCGGAGCUCACGCAUAAAGUAGCUGAGCAGUACUUAAGCUCAUAA